GAUGAAACCAACGAGAGGACACCCCCUGCGUCUAGAGCAGCCUGCUCGGGAACGUAGCUGAGUGGCCGGUGGACGUGAGAGGAAAGCCGCGUCAGGCUGUGCUUCCCUGCCCUUGAGCCGUUCUAGAUGCGGAAAAAUGCUUUCAGAAAGCAGUUCAUUUUUGAAGGGUGUGAUGCUUGGAAGCAUCUUCUGUGCCUUGAUCACUAUGCUAGGCCACAUUAGGAUUGGUCACGGAAACAGAACACACCACCAUGAGCAUCACCACCUGCAAGCUCCUAACAAGGACGAUAUCUCGAAAAUCUCAGAGGCUGAACGCAUGGAGCUCAGUAAGAGCUUCCGGGUAUACUGUAUUGUUCUCGUAAAACCCAAAGAUGUGAGUCUUUGGGCUGCAGUGAAGGAGACUUGGACCAAACACUGUGACAAAGCAGAGUUCUUCAGUUCUGAAAAUGUUAAAGUGUUUGAGUCAGUUAAUGUGGACACGAAUGACAUGUGGUUGAUGAUGAGGAAAGCUUACAAAUACGCCUUUGAUAAAUACAGAGACCAAUACAAUUGGUUUUUCCUUGCACGCCCCUCUACUUUUGCUGUUAUUGAAAAUCUAAAAUAUUUUUUGUUAAAAAAGGAUCCAUCACAACCUUUCUAUUUAGGACACGCUGUAAAAUCUGGAGACCUUGAUUAUGUGAGUGUAGAUGGAGGAAUUGUCUUAAGCAUAGAAUCAAUGAAAAGACUCAACAGCCUUCUCAGUGUUCCUGAAAAGUGUCCUGAACAAGGAGGGAUGAUUUGGAAGCUAUCUGAAGAUAAGCAGCUAGCAAUCUGCCUGAAAUAUGCCGGAGUAUUUGCAGAAAAUGCGGAAGACGCCUAUGGAAAAGAUGUAUUUAACACCAAAUCUGUUGGACUUUUCAUUAAAGAGGCAAUGACUAACCACCCAAACCAGGUAGUAGAAGGAUGCUGUUCUGAUAUGGCUGUUACUUUUAACGGACUGUCCCCUAAUCAGAUGCAUGUGAUGAUGUAUGGGGUGUACCGGCUUAGGGCAUUUGGACAUGUUUUCAACGACGCCUUGGUUUUCUUACCUCCAAAUGGGUCUGAGAAUGACUGACAAAAAGCAAGAGCAUGUAUUUGCUAAGCACAUUAAGACACAUUACCAUGGUUUCUAAUUGAUAAGGCAUCUAACACAGAAGUGUGUUUCUUUUUCUUAUCUGGUCACGCUGGUAUAAUCACACAUUGACGUCUACUUGUACAUUUUCAAAUGGAAUGGCAUUUGUGAGAAAUUUUAAUGUGUUAGAAAUAAAUGUUUUAAGAAAAGCAAUUUUGCAAAUACAUAUUUAUAAAUAUUAUAUUUAUGUGAUAAAGACUAAAUUAUAGACAUUAAAAUCUGUGAUGUAUCUUUGCUUAUUAGUUUUAAAUUUUUAAUGCAUCUUUUUAGCUUCCUAAUAUAUGCAAAUGAGAUCUCUAGUGAAUUUGUGAUUAAAAUAAUACUUUUAGCCCUGUGUUUCCUUUACUUUUCUGUGGGGACAGGGAUGAUUGAAGGAGGUAGGAGCAGGAUCUCACUGUGUGGUCCAGGCUGGCCUAGGCCUGGCAGUUCUCCUUAGCCUCCUGAGUGCUCGUGUUAAUGGUGUGUGCCACUAUGCCCAAUUGUUUCCUUUACUUUGUUUGCAUGUAGAUUUGUACUCUAAGCCACAUCAAUGCUAACAGGUUUACUCUCCUAAAAUAAACAACAAAGCAAUUAAGGAAGUGUUCGUUAUCACUUUUAAGACUUCAGUUCUGUCCUCGUGAUAACAUGCAAGUUAUUACGUAGGUUAAGUAAUAUUCAUGAAAGUAAAUUAAGGGGCAUUCCUGAGCACUCACACUUUGCAUUUACUCUAUACGUCAGCAUUCAGAGCAUGCAUUUGUAAUAGCGGCUAUGAAAAUUGUAAUGCCAUUUAACUAGUUUCACCC